AUGCCCCUUGGAGGGAGCCGCGCUGCCGCUGCCACCAGCCAGCUCCAGCCCUGUCCUCUCGAUCCUGACCUCAUAGCCAGCCCAGACCACGGCUUGGACAGGUCUCUCACUCUAGAUUUCUCGGUCACUGUCAGUGACACUCUCACGGCGCUGUGCCUCAUUUGCAGAACAGAGCCAGCGGCCGUACAUCCCGGGUCUGACGGCCAGAGACUGUCUGGAGCACCUCUCCAGGGCCCUCCCAGAGCGGAAGAUCUGCGCUUUCACCCCGCUCGGCCCCCAGAAGGUUACAGCCGGGAGGGACCAAGAGGUCACCCAGGACAGGCUUCCCCCUUGCCGUCCCUCGUCCCCGCGGCACCAGCCCGGAGGGGGGCCGAGAUCUCUCUCAGCCGCCGGCCGGUCCAUCCUCCCCUGAAUGGCAGUCACUCGUGCAACAUCUCUGAGGAGAGGCGAGCGGCCAGCCUCUGUCCGAGGAGCGCCCGGGAGAGGGGAUCUACUGGCUAUGGCCAGGGGCAGCUAAACCAUUCCGUCCCCAUCCUGGAAUCCUCCACCUCCGGCUUCUUUCAAGAUUCAGUUCCAAUGUCACCUGCCGGAGGCACUUCUGUGGCCCACCACCUGCCAGUGCCUUCUCAGAGAUUAUUCUCCCUCUCCUCUUACCUGGACCUAGUCAUUGGCAUGUUGUCUCCCCUAUUAGAAUACAAACCCAGUAUAAUCGAGCUGAGCUCCCUCAAGACUCCCUCAGAGAUGCCUAUGCUUUCCAGAGGUAAGAGUGGCGAGAGUGACCACCGCUAUGCUUCCUGUAGCACUCUGGACCAGGUCUCCCCCAGUCCAGUCAAGGCUCGUUCCAUCAAAGGACUUUAUUACCAAAGGGCCCGGAAGGUGGUCCAUCCAGACCAGUUCCUGACAGUUGAUCUUAAAAGGGAGAUCAUCGUCAAUGUUGGUGGGAACAAGUACCUCCUCCCCUGGAGCACGCUAGAUGAGUUCCCCCUGACCCGACUGAGCAAGCUGAAAUUCUGCAGGAACCAUGAGGAGAUCGCCCAGCUCUGCGACGACUAUGACGAAGACAGCCAGGAGUUUUUCUUCGACAGGAGUCCCAGUGCUUUUGGGAUGAUCGUCAGCUUUUUGGCAGCUGGGAAACUCGUGCUUUUACGAGAGAUGUGUGCCUUGUCCUUUAAGGAGGAGCUGAGGUACUGGGGGGUCGAGGAGUCCAACCUUGAAAAAUGCUGCUUGAGAAAGCUCAGACAGAAGCUGGAAGAGUUGGCCGAGAUGCAGAAGGACGAGGAUCUGCACAGGCAGAAGGAGACCACCAGCGUCUCCACGGAGGAGACUCGAUGGGGGCUUUUUAUGAGCCAUCUCAGGGAUAUGGUAGAAAACCCUCAAUCGGGGCUCCCCGGCAAAGUGUUUGCCUGCCUCUCCGUCCUCUUUGUGGCCACCACAGCUAUAAGCCUCUGUGUCAGCACCAUGCCUGACUUAAGGGCUGAAGAAGACAGGGGCGAAUGUUCUCAGAAGUGCUAUUACAUUUUCAUCAUAGAGACCAUCUGCGUUGCUUGGUUUUCCCUGGAGUUCUGCCUGCGAUUUAUCCAGGCCAGAAACAAGUGCCAGUUCUUCCAGGGGCCCCUGAACAUCAUCGACAUCAUGGCUAUCUCCCCUUACUACGUGUCCCUCAUUGUGUCCGACGACAGCCAAGGAGAGAGCGAGAAGUCGAGCGGCAACAGCUACCUGGAGAAGGUGGGCCUGGUGCUGCGGAUCCUGCGGGCCCUGCGCAUCCUCUACGUGAUGCGGCUGGCCAGGCACUCGCUGGGCCUGCAGACCCUCGGCCUCACGGUGCGCCGCUGCACCCGGGAAUUCGGCCUUCUCCUGCUCUUCCUCUGUGUCGCCGUCACUCUUUUCUCCCCCUUAGUCUACGUGGCCGAGAACGAGUCGGGGAGGGUGCUGGAGUUUACCAGCAUCCCAGCCUCCUACUGGUGGGCCAUCAUCUCCAUGACCACCGUGGGCUAUGGGGACAUGGUGCCCCGCAGCGUCCCAGGACAGGUGGUGGCCCUGAGCAGCAUCCUGAGCGGGAUAUUAAUCAUGGCCUUCCCAGCGACAUCCAUCUUUCAUACUUUCUCUCAUUCUUACCUAGAACUGAAAAAAGAACAGGAGAGGCUUCAGGCCCGGCUGAGCCGCAUACAAAGCACCAACCCGCCCGGAGAGCAGGAGCUCCUGAGGGAAACCGACAACCUGCUCUGAAAAGGAACUUCCUCACCUAUGGAAUGGCUGUGGCCAUGA